CGAAUUCCCCCUUAACUCGUCCACGACCAGCAGUGUCAAGAUGACCGAGAUCCCCCCACGAGAAAGGGGGCAAUCAAUCUUUUAACCCUCCUCUGACGCUCCAUCCCCUUCCAUCCAUGCCAUGGAGCAAGAGCCAUCGACCUCUCUGGGCGCUCGGCGCCUCCUGCCCCUCUCAAUCGAGGCCCCGCCACCAUCCCGCUCCAUCACUGGCAGCUCAUCAGCCGGGCUGGGGAGGCUGCCCACGACCCCGUCGGCAGCUUAUGACCACCUGUUGAGCUACGAGCGGGCCACGAUCUGGCUGCACUAUGCCAGGUACGCCGAGGAGUACGUGCCGGAGGACUGCUUCCAGACGGCCAUGCAGGUGCGGCUGUUCAAGUGGCGGCGGCGGUGCCUGCCGCUCAUCAGGGGUGUGUUCUUUGUCUACUUGGUGGCUGCCUUUGUGGAGUGGCCGUCGUGGUGUCUGGAGAGGGAGUGCGGGCCGCCCAGCAAUGUGCUGCGGUCGGAUUUGCCGCUGUGGCCGCCGUGGGUGACGCGGCUGAUUGAGCUGGGCUGUCUGCUCUGCAUACUUGCCUACUACAUCCUUGCCGGAAAAACGCGUAGGCCUGCCUGCCUGCCUGCUGUGGGCACAAGCGAACACGUGACACCUCUGUGUGCUGUGCUACAUUGUUGACUUGAUGCAGUUCGGUUCUUCCCCUGGACAUGGUGCCUGCUGGUGCUGACCGCUCUGUCCCUCCUCGACGUGAGCACGGCGUGCUUCAACACGAUCGGCAUCGUGCCCACCACCUUCAGGCUGUCGCGGCUGCUGCGGCCACUGAUCUUCUGCCUGGGGUCCUUGACGAUGCGGACGACGGUGAUGCGCAUCGCGCAGACGGUGCCCAACACUAUUCAGGUGUUCGGGAUCAUCUUCCUGUCGGUGCUGGUGUUCGGCUGGGUGGGGGUGAUAUUCUUCAGCGGCACCGGGGGACACGCCGAGUUCCCCACCUUCAAGUACUCAGUCAAGUCGCUUUUCGUCUCACUCACCACUGCAAACUUCCCACAGGUGACCUGACGUCUGUGCUGUGUGUGUCCGCUGUCCGUCCAGUCCAUUGGGGUGUCCCUCCACGGUCUGUCUGUCUGUCUACUGGGGUGUGCUCGUGUGUGUGUCAAUCAGGUGAUGCUGAGUGCGUACGCCGACAACCGUGCCGCGCCGAUCUUCUUCGUGCUCUUCACCUUCCUGGUCAUGACCCUCCUCAUGAACGUCCUCCUGGCGGCCAUCUACAACAGCUACAAGGAGGUGCUCCGCGAGUGGGUCCUGCAGUUCUACCUCAACCGCAACCGGGCCCUCCAGGCCGCCUUCGACCUCCUCAAGAACAAAGACGGCGUCGUCACCAUGGACGAGUGGUGCGCCUUCUUCUCUCACUGGAGCGGUGGGGAUAGGGAAGGCGGUGGAGGUGGGGUGAUGCACGUGAAGCGGGGGAGGCGGCUGUUCCGGUGUCUGGACACCGACCACAAUGGGGACUUGACCGAAGACGAGUUCAUGCUCCUCAUACGCGUUAUGACUGAGAAAGGUCGGUCGGGGACACACAGACACACACACACACACAGAGAGAGAGAUGGAUGGAUGGAUGUGUGUGGUGUGUGUCCACCAGAUGUGGUGGUGUUGCGCUACCCUCCCGAGAGCAAGGCGCGGAUCCGCCGGCUGGUGGCCAUCUGCCUCAGCAGACGGUUCGACAUACUCAUCGACGUCCUCAUCACCAUCUCGGUCAUCAUCACAUGCACACAGGUGACGGACGUCUCAGGACUCUCUCUCCCUCCCUCCCUCCCUCCCUCUCUUACCCACACCGACCUCUCUGUCUGUCUGUCUCUGUGUGCGUCAGACAAUGAUGUUCGUCGAGGCGUCCACCGCCCUGCAUCAGCACACCACGACGGGCGAGGGGCAGCCGCCCGACCACCACCCCGUGGCGUGUUUCUACUCGUCAGCAGCGCUCUACUACCUCCAGCUGGCGCUCUCCGCCACCUACGCGGCAGAGCUCGCCUUCAAGAUCAGCGUCCUGGGCUUCGAGCGCUUCUGGAAGAUACACCCCCUCAGAAACAGGUUAAUGGGUGACCUGACUGACCUGCCACACACGGAUUGAUGGCGUCUCUUUCUCGCCCAUUCUCUCUCUCUCUCUCUCUCUCCCUGUCUCUCUGUCUCUCUGUCUGUGUGUCUGUGUGUGCAGGUUUGACCUUUAUGCGGUGAUUCCCCUGGUGCUGGCCGAGGCGCUGUUUCUGAUUGAGGGCCGCGGGGGCGUGGGCCACGUGUUUGUGGAGCGGGGCGAGGGCGCCGCGGGGUGGUGCAUGUCCGGCCUGGGAAGGUUCCUGGCCUUCCUGAGGAUGCAGCGGGGCAUCAGGCUGCUCUUCAACUUCGAAAGGCUGCAGACAUUUGUAAGCCCUGCAGGCACUGCACUGCACACACCGAGGGAGGGAGGGGAAGGCAUAAUGACUGACGUCACGUCCAUGUGUGUGGAUGUGUGUGUGGUGCAUUGCAGGCGACUGAGCUGGCCUCAGUGUUGACGAGCUUCAACACGAUCGCGGGGCUGCUGAUAGUGGUCUUCUACGUGUACGCCACGGUGGGCAUCCAGCUGUUCGGCGGCCGCAUGACGCUCGACAAGGUCGCCAACCGCAUCAUGGGCGCCGUCAACACCGUCACUGAUGCCAACGUCACCGUCACCAUGCCCCUCAGUGUCGAGGUCAAUGGCACCUCGUCAGCGUCACUGCCGCCUUUGCUGGAGCACGCCACUUUGGAGGCGCUGCUCAACUUCAACGACUUCUACUCGUCGUUGAUCACGCUGAUCGUGCUCAUGAUCAACGGCUGGCAUGACACGCUCGAGGUGCGCACCGCACGUGUGUGGGGGGUGGGUGGGGAGGCCUAUUGGGUGGACCAGGAGGGAGGGAGUUGUGUGUUGUGUGAUGUGUGAUGUGUGUGUCAGAUCUAUCUGGAGGAGACGUCUGAGUGGUGCGGGCUGUUCUUCGCGAGUUUCUACAUCCUGUGUGUCCUGAUCGUGCUCAACUGUUUCAUGGCCCUCAUACUCGAGGCCUUCGACCACGUACGCACCUCCACCCACCUCCACCACCAGCACACCACACACCGAACGAACGACUCACUCAUCGGUCCCUUCCUGUGGCUGUGGCUCUGUGUGCAUCAAUCAUAUGUCAUUCACUUAUCGGUGCCCACAGGUGAGUGAGGGCCCGUCGAGCGACCCCACCCGCCACCGUAUCGCGUCCGCACCUGGCGUCGCACGAGAGGAGGUCGGCCCUUUCCUUCCCAGAUGCGCUCGCUGCACACGAAAGAGCACAGAGCCCAUUGGUGGUGUGAUUUGACCUUCCCUUCCUCCGCCAUCCUAUUCAUUUGCCAGGUUUUGCGGAAGAUGUUUGCCGACGAGUUGGACUGGCUCGACAAGUCAUCCAGCUUCUACAUCUCCACCUCGUCCGGCAUAUCGGCGUCACGCAUCAUGCGACAGCCCACUGGAGGCGCUCUCGCCUCCGUCCGCGGCCCCUCCCCCUUCUCACCCGCCAUCACGCCCCCACAGAGCCCCGUGAAGCUGCCCCCCACACAUGCGGCGCAACAGCAGGGGCAGACACCGGGCAGCAAGAGCCAGAGGGAGAGAUCGGGAGAGUCCUCCCCGCCACACGCAUUUCUUUUCCGCGGGUCGAGCACUGACGAUGAGGCCGACUCGCCCUUUGCCAGGAGUCGGUGGGACAGCAACCACCAUCACGAAGCCAGGAUUGACGUUGAGGUGCCGCAGUUACCACCCGCACCAGCCCCCCCACAGCCAUUGGGUGACGAGUUUGCGCGUGUCGGUGGUGGUGGUGGUGGUGACGAUGGGCAGCGAGAGGAAGAGACGCGGAUGGACCAUCAGCACUUGUUCGGGCCGCCGUGAUGGACCGACUGCCGAUAGGGAAAAGGCAGUCAGAUCAGGGGGUAUUUGUGUUGGUCUGUGUUGGUUUGUCGGCUGAUUGGUUCGCUUUGGCUGUGGACGGACGGGACGUCUAUAGCGGUGCAAGGUGCGAGUGACGUGUGUGAUGGCAGUGAAUGAGGCUUGUGCAUAGCUCAGAGAGACAAGACAGCAUGGCUGGCUGGCUGGCUGGUCCAGACGUUGUGAGAUGCGACGAACAC